ACAUAUUUUGGUGUAGGUAGGUAGGUAGGUGUAUAACUGUAUCUUUAUUGAAUAUUGAUAUUCAAUCUAUAAUUAACUUAAUAUCCAUAUUAAACGUCGUUAUUGGCAAAAAUUCUUCAAUUUUGAUCUUAUAUAAUGUAUUAUUGGAGUAAUAAUGCAGAGCGGAGCCAACAAACGCAGGUACAAAAGCUCGUUCCUUUCACUGAACUGAACGUUAUUGGAAAUUUAAAAAACACAAAACAAUGCAAUGCAGAACUUAGAAAUAAUAAUAAUGGAGAAUUUGACGAAACUAGUAUUGAUAAAGCCAAGCUUUAUUUUGUACAAAGUGGAAUAUUGGGACCAAAUUACUUUAAGGAGUCCAGUGACUUAAUAAGAAAAACAUCAACUAUUCAUGCUGAUACGAGACUAAAAAAUCAGAUCCGGAAGACGUCAUCGUGUCUACGUUCGAGAGUAACUAUCGAAAGAAAGAACAGUUAUGAUGUUUCCCUUAUUAAUCUUCAAGCUGAAAUAAAUUUAAUGAGAAGUACCUUAGACCAAGGAGAGAUUAAAAUUAUAACUCUACGUACUGAGAUUGGGAAGUUAAAGCGAUUACUUCAAAAGAUAAUGCAUGUACAGAAGGAAGAUUGUAAUAAUCACUCAGAAGAAAUAUUAUUAAUUCGAAAUCCAGGGCCAAGUUUAUGUUUAUUUUGUCAACCAAAAUAGAUAAUAUAAAAAUAUCGUCUUAAACAGUAUUGACAAUAUUAAAGUAAAACACUUAUUAGUUAUAAGAAUAAGAAGGAAUUAAAGCUUCGGCAUGCCCAAAUUGGUAUAUCCAUGUCGAUUCCAAUACGAUCUUUAAUAAUUAAAAAAAUAUCAUUUCCAUAUUAUCGCAUCAGGUGAGAACGGCUGAACCGAUUUGGAGGACAUUUUUUUCAAUUGCCUGGCAGCCGAAGGUUUUUGUUACUAAAAAAUGUUAGAAAACCUUCCUGAAAAUUCUUUAUGGCCUCAACAGAUGUUGACAGCAACAUUUGAGAGCAAAUUUGCCAAAGUGAUCUUUGUGAGUGUUGUUUUUUUUUUUUUUAAUAAUGAACAAAAUGCAUUAAGACGGACGCGAUAGGCACUGGAUCACCUUGCAGAAACGCUUCCUCAGAAUAGACGACAUUUUACUAGAAGAAGACAACCUGUAAAUUUAGACUUGAAUCGCGCUGCAUUCAAUCACGGUUCUAUAAUCGCCUAUAAAUAUCUAAGCUGCGUUGUUAUGGGUUCAUUAACUGUCGUAUGUUCGCAUUGCAAUGCAGUGAAGUUUCUGUCCACCGAGCUUCCAAAACAUUGCUGCUCUUGCACUCCCGCAGGUCGGCCCUUUGCGUACUGUUCAUCGGGCUAAUCUACGUUCUCCCGCUCGCCUCUCUUUGAUAUUCGCGACCGCCCGCUCCCGAGUUCUCGAGCUUUGCUCGCUGCUAAGCACGCUGAGGGACCGCACGGGCCCGCUCUCGCACUGUUAAGCUUAGCUUAUCGGUCGGGAGCGCAGCCCUUAUGUUUAAGAUAACCAGUUCUAUGUAUGAAGUGAAAUAAAGCUGAGGCACUGAAGCGUGCCCUGCGACGCCCCCGACUUCACUUUUUAACGUCUAGGGGUUAUAUUAUUUUACUUCUACGUCGCGGGAGCUAUUUUUCAACACAGGAUCAUUAGCGACAGGAUCGCCCUCCCCUGCACAUAUGGUCCUUCGAGCCGGAUAUGGAAAUUCUGUCCUUUUACCAGCAGUUCCCGGUGACUUUUCCGCUAAAGAUAGGUAUAUGCUUUCUUCAGUCUCGUUCUAGCUGCCGGUCUGCAACAGUGGGCCGAACAUUACAUUUCGGUAGCACUGCUGCAAGAUUUAUUGUUUUUGUUCGUGUCAACUCCAAGUCCGAUUCCACUCCGAUACCUGCACUCCAGUGGCAACAAGUUCAAUUGGAUCUGCUGCCACAGUUAGUUUUCGUUUGCUUCGGCAUUCAAAUUAUUGCGGGAUUCCGAUUUUUUUUGUACAAUUUUUUAACCGAUUCCGUCUAUCCGUUUGAAAAGAUCCCAGUCCGCAUCUCCGCGACUCUCUCCGUCUAAAUCAAAGUCCGCCGCUUUCCGCUUAAGAGCAAACGGCGAGAAUGCUUUAAAUACUAGCCCAGGUCCAUCGUCAAGGCUCACUCGAUCGACCACAAAAACGGCUCUUACUGCCGUCGACAUUGCGUUGAGGAAGUUUAUUGCCACGACAAAUCGUGUCAGUCAAUUUGAGGCAAAUAUCCAAACUCGGGGCGCCCCAGAAACCACCAAGCUCUCUGUGCGAAAAGGUCGAAAGGGAUUACGAUAGUUGUUCUGAACUUAUAUCGGCAUCCGUUGAGAGUACGGAGCGCUUCGAGAAUAUGAAGUUUCUAGUCAACAGCCAGUUACCAUUUUUUUUUAAUAUCCAGGCUGUCCCCAAGAGUCCGGAAGCGCGCUAAAGGAGCUGCAAGGCACUAUACAGAGUUGUCUAACGGCUUUAGAGUUGUCCACAAUUCAGGUCGAAGCGUGGGACUGCCUCCUGGAGGUUUCCUCGAAGCUUCCCAAGCUCACGCUUUCCAUGUGGGAGCAAUCUACCCAUAAUAAGGCGAACAUUCCAACUUGGAACGAGCUAGACGCAGGCCAUCUUCAGUGUUCAGAAUGCUCCUGAACCUUCGAGCCCAGAUAUCGCACCGAUCCAAAGGAUAUCCUCGUUCGCGGAUUCCCUACGGCGACGUCAAGAGCAGACGAGGUAUUUUAUCCUACCCAUGCCGAGUCU